AUGGGUCUCCCGGCGCCGAAUUCAUCAGAGGAGGUUCUCGAGCGGAAUUCGGAGUACGCUGUUAGCCAUCCAGGGUCCUACCACUUUACAGCUGAAAACUUCAAAAGUACAACCCGAACAAUCAUUGAUCUCCCAGUUGUACGCUGUGCUGGAGGGCGGGCCAGGUUGGCCAUAAGUGACAUUGCCAUUUUGAACACUCUCAUUGGAAUCAAUGAGAUAAUACUCAUCCAUCACACCGACUGCGGUCUUACCCAUAGGUCCACCGACUACAUGCGCGAGAAGAUUGAAGCCAUAUCCCCGCUCGAGGCACAGAAAAUGGACCUUGAAGAUUUAGGAAUCAUAGAUUUCGAAGCGAGCAUAAACAACGAUGUGUCUUGGCUUAGAAAUCACCCGCUUAUAAAGAAGGAGACCAAGAUUACCGGCCUUCUCUAUGAUAUCGACACGGGAAAGUUGACUAAGAUAGCUAGUCAAUAG